GGUGCAACCUUUACUUACUUCACCACAGGGUGGAGCCAAACAGCUGCUAGUAACAUGAAGAACCGUGAAGUCUUUUUUGUUACGAGUUCAACGACAAGGAGAACAAAAGGUGGCCAACACCCCCUCCGCGGAUGUAGAGGUUUUUGGGUUUUUUAAAAAAACAUUUUUGUGAAACACUUGCUGCAACUAAGGACGGUAAAUUAGCACACUGGCCACUUCCCCAACACUUCCUCCAUGUGAAGCACGGGACCUGUGUGCUCAGCUGGAUUGGUCCAUCACAGCCUCAGUUAUCAGUCUGCUACAUUCCCCCCCCGUUCGUGUCACAGCUAGCUAGCUAUCGUAUAACAGGCGCUUCUUACACCGCAGACGAAGAAACACAAGCAACCUUUACAUUUGCGACUUGUGGGCUUGAGUAACACAUUGAGGCACCAAUUCCCCUCAAGGUUCCCAUCUGAUGGAGCAGUGGUUGUCAGUCUUUGCGAAGAGGCAACAUGUUUCCUUGUCAUGUAACCCCCUGGCCCUCUGCUGAGGCCUCCUGUGGCAGUCAUGCACCCCCAGCGCAGCCCUCACAACCACUGCCGGAUCUGCUGUGCAGCUGUCCCGCUCCACCUUUGAACACCCACUCAGAGACUCCCUCCCCAGACCCCAUGGAGUCCCUCAUCGUGGUCACAGAGUACGAACCCAGCAGACUGCCUGGAGAGGCUGGGGAGGAGGAGGUAGAAGAGAUGGACAGUUCUGAGACGCCCGAGCCAGCUUCCUCUGUCGCAGCACCUUUCCGGACUCCUUCCUGUGACCUGCUGUCCCACACAGUUGGCCGGCCAGAGGCUCUACAUCCUGAAAGCCAAGAGCAAAGGGGAAGGUUAAACCUGUCAGACAGGAAACUAUCUCUGCAGGAGCGCUCUCAAACGACAGCAUCGCCAUGCAGCUCCCCAGGACUCAAUGGGCGCUAUAUUUACCCAUCACUACCCUACUCGCCCAUCACAUCACCCCACUCGUCUCCACGCUUGCCCCGCCGGCCCACCGUGGAGUCCCACAGUGUUUCCAUCACAGAUCUGCAGGACUGUGUUCAACUCAACCAGUACAAGCUGAAAGAUGAGAUUGGAAAGGGCUCCUACGGUGUUGUCAAGCUGGCUUACAAUGAGGAUGACAACAUGUACUACGCGAUGAAGGUGUUGUCCAAGAAGAGGCUGAUGAGGCAGGCAGGUUUCCCACGGAGACCUCCCCCUCGUGGAGCCAAAGCCCCUGAGGGUCCUCCUCAGCCAAAAGGACCCCUAGAACGAGUCUAUCAAGAGAUUGCCAUCCUAAAAAAGCUAGACCAUCCUAAUGUGGUGAAACUAGUAGAGGUUUUGGAUGACCCCAGCGAGGACCAUCUGUACAUGGUGUUUGAGCUGGUCAAGCAAGGGGCUGUGAUGGAGGUGCCGACAGCUAAACCUUUCAGCGAAGACCAGUCACGCUUCUACUUCCAAGAUCUGCUCAGGGGAAUAGAGUAUUUACAUUACCAGAGAAUCAUCCACAGAGACGUCAAACCCUCUAACCUGUUGGUGGGAGAAGAUGGACACAUCAAGAUAGCGGACUUUGGAGUCAGCAACCAGUUUGAGGGGGCUGAUGCCCUCUUGACCAGCACAGUGGGAACACCUGCUUUUCUCGCCCCUGAAGCGCUCUCUGAGACCAGAAAGAACUUCUCUGGAAAGGCUUUGGAUGUUUGGGCCAUGGGAGUGACACUUUAUUGCUUUGUCUUUGGAGUGUGUCCAUUUAUGGAUGAGCGCAUUCUCAGUCUUCAUCAGAAAAUCAAGACUCAACCUGUGGAGUUACCUGAACAUGCCGACAUCUCAGAUGAUCUCAAAGAUUUGUUGCUGAAAAUGCUGGACAAGAAUCCAGAGACCAGAAUAUCAAUCCCACAGAUUAAGGUGCACCCGUGGGUGACGAGGCAUGGUGCCGAGCCUCUUCCUCCGGAGGACGACAACUGUUGUAUGCUGAUUGAGGUGACCGAGGAGGAGGUGGAGAACUCUGUUAAACACAUCCCCAGCCUGGCUACAGUGAUCUUGGUGAGAACUAUGCUGAGGAAGCGCUCCUUUGGGAACCCCUUCGAUUGGGCCCGUAAAGAGGAGCGCAGCAGCUUGGGUGCUCCGGGGCAAACACUCACGAAAGGCAGAGCAGGCAAUGUGAGAUACUGCUACAUUCAUUGUGGCCAAAGAAGGAAACAGGAGAGUGGUGAUGGCAUGAGGACUAUGGACCUGCCCUACGUGGGAGAGGAUGAGACUCUUUCCUGAUGCAGAGGGUUGAUUAUGCACGCUGGCAUCUGCCUGCCUGCCUGCCUGCAACAACACAGCACGACACCCCUUUACUCACAGUUUCAUACUGGCGGCCUACACCUAUGUACAUUCCCCGGGAGGUGGACGACUGUGGCAGAUGCAGAGAGGAGGGAAGAGAUUAAGAACCCGAGGCACUUUGACAACAUUUUUAAAGCUUUUUAUUCCAUACCCUCAUGUUGAAAGGCUCAGUUUGUGGUUUUGAGACUUCAGUCUGCCACAUGGGAACAUUUAAAGAGAGGAUCCUCCCUGAACCUUGACCCUGUCUUCAGCUCUUAUCACCCAACCCACUCUCCUCUUAUCCUGCAUGCAUUUAUAGUUAAGCAUGCUUUGUCUCAGGCUUCAACUGUACAGUUACGUGUUUUGUUGUAGUUUAGCCUCUUGUGUUUCUCCUCGUCUUUACUUGACACUUCUUUCAGGUACGCAGGGCACGGGAACAGGCGAUGGUUUACUGGGAGGGGAUGUUUUAUCUUCACCAUGAGCUCGUCGUUCUUGACAAUGAUUGUCUGGUUCACUCCUCUACUUGCUUCAAAGUAGCAGUGCCCAGUUUUGUAACAUAUUUUCAAGUGAAGAUUCUGUACAGUUUUCCCAACAUGAAAAAAAGGGGAGUGAAAAAAUGUUUACUUCAUUGAAUGCAUGUGUUUACUUUCCCAAUGCAAACACUAUAAGCUAUUUAUUAACAUUUGCACGCUCAUAUACGCACUUGUUCAACUUACUUUUUUUGUUGUACCACUGGCUCUUUAUUAAGGCUAAAAUCAAUAGAAAGCUUUAAAAACAGUUGAUAUAGUGCUUUGUGAACAAUCAAAUUCAUCAUUUCUGCACAUAAAAAAAUGGGAUUUUCUCCUUUUGCAAAGCUUUUAGUGAUUCUUUUUUUCUUUUUUAAGUGAACAGUGAUAUGAUUUUUUUAAUGUAUUUCUUAAAUUUACAGAGCUACCACAAUCAGUAAUGAAGGUACUGAUCUACCAGGUGCACAUGAGAAAAACAGAAUGUGUUGGUGCAAAUUAUAUUGUAGCCAAUGUCUGCAAUGUUUAAAACUCGUUUUUUUUUAUAGUUUAAACUGAUUCUGUUCUUUGGUUGUGUGUUGUGAUAUUGGGUUUCACGUUUCAACCACAUCACGUGUCCGUUUCACCUCUCAAAGCCGAGGUUUGUAAGUAGACUGAAAACAAAAAACAAGGACUAUCGAACCUUAAGUUAAAAUAGUGAAUGUUGUUACCUGUUUUCAUUUGUUUUGUAUUGUGAGAAUCACCUAUGUUGCACAUUUUCAUAAUAUAACGCACAUUUUCACAACACCAAAAAAAUUCACUUUAUGUCUAAUUUUGUAAAGUAUAGUAUGGUUAAGAAAAAAAAAACACUUAAAGAAAACAAACCUUUAAACUGUAAGUUCUUUAUUGAUAGAUUAGAGCUGGCUACCGGGCGACGUUUGAAGAUGGAAGCAUAGUGCAGCUGCAAACUACAAAUCUAUGCAUGACAUAUCUGUAGAGGUGUUGUCAUCUUCGGUCGGAGGAGUGGGCCACUCUGCAAAAAUUUCAAUUAAUUAAAAAGUACUUUUUUAAUUUAUUGAUGUGUUUCAUUUUAGACGAUCCCUCAGUAGUAAAUGAGUGUGUUUUUCCACUUGCGUUCCUUUUGCUUAUUUGUUAUCAUUUUCUCAAAUAUGUCAGUGUAAGUGCAGUGUGAGUAAAUCACUUGAUUGGUCUCUUAAUGUAGAAUAUUGACACAAUAGUAAUUAUAACAUUUAAUGCUUCCGCACACUAAUUACUUCAGCACGCAAGUGUUGAAUGUAUGAUAAAGGGACUUUGGAUUUUUUUUUAACUUGUUACAUGCAUGUCACUCUGAGCUGUAUGUCUGUUUUUUAAGACUAGUACUAUGCAUAUGAUGUGUCUUUCUCUGUAUGGUGCAGUGGAACACCCUGGCAGAUUGUCACGUACGCUGUGCACGCUCGGUUGCUGGGUGAGGAGGGUUGUAUGUGGUCGACUGAUUCUAAUUUGUUUUUGCUCACCCAGACAGUACGUAAUUAAGUUGUGCUCUCCACUGUGGAGUGCUGCAAAUGGAUUCGGGCACUCUGGCUUUAAGAUUUUCAGAACAUUAUAGUACUGUACUUUUGAACGAUGGUCUUGUUUUCUUUUAAACUCAAUGCUGAUUGCCAGUAAUCUAUUAUUUUCCAUCAGGAAACAAAUUGCAGAAAUGCCUCAGUUCCAGUCAUAAUGUCGUUAUAACAUGCUUUCUGCACAUUUGUUAGAGAGUUUACAUUCUGUCACACUGUAGGUUGUUGAAGACCAUUGUGAUCUAAGUUUUUACAUUGAGCAAAACGAGACAGCCACUCUCCCCUUGGUGUCAGUAUUUUGCCCUCCGUGGCCAGCGAGGAUGAACUGAAGGACAUUUUAGGUCUGAAUGCAGGGUGAAAGUACAAGCCACAGUAAAGAUGUAAGAUAAAGAUUUUAUACAUACAAUAUUUAAACCUGUAGUUUGUUUAAUGCAGUCUCUGCCUAUUCUUGUCUGAAGGGCCUGGCUAAGUUAUUAUUAACCUUCAUUGUUUUUGCAUUCUGUAAUGUAAAUUUAUUUCUUGAAGACUUUUGGGGGGCCUCUUUUUCCCCUAAAUGCAUGCCAACAUACUGAACACAUACCACUGUAUUGUCAUAGCAUGAGAGGUCCUUGACAUUGACACAGGACUUUAAAAUUGAUUAUUCUAUACAUACUGUAUCUCGUUCAUCAUUUGAAUAAAAUAUUAUUGCCUUUC